AUGGCUAUCGACAGCAACCCCAAGACAGACGGAGCCAAUGGAGCAAACGGCGGAGCUGCCAAUGGAGCAAACGGCGGAGCUGCCAAUGGAGCAAACGGCGGAGCUGCCAAUGGCUUCGCGUCCGAGAGGCCCAAGCCCAUCGAGGCCACAGCGGCGUACGAAAAGCAUCCUCUCGCAUACGAACUCUCAAAGAUUCCAUUUCUAUCUCCGCGCCGUCUGAAAGUCAUUGUCGCCGGCGCUGGGGCCAGUGCUUUGUCGUUCGCACACGAGGUGCAGGCUGGUAGAAUCAAGAACAUCGACCUGCAGAUCCUGGAAAAGAAUAGUGGAUUGGGUGGUACUUGGUUUGAGAACCGGUACCCGGGCUGCGCGUGCGACAUUCCCGCCCACGCCUAUUUGUUUACAUGGGCGCCCAACCCGAACUGGUCCGAGUACUAUGUGACCGGCCCCGAGAUCCUGCAGUACAUGGAAGACGUCGCAGACAACUACAAUCUGAGGCAGUAUAUCACGACAUGUCGCAAAGUGGUGGGUGCCCGUUGGAUCGACGAGAAGCAGAAAUGGCAAGUCAUCAGCAAGAACACGGACGGCCGCAGGAAUGCCGUGUCCUCCUGGGGCAUCACCGAUGGGGAAGUUGGAGAUGAUAUCGUCGAAGAAUGCGACAUCUUCAUCAACGCCAGCGGCUUUUUCAACCACUGGAGAUGGCCCGACACCCCCGGAAGGGAGAAAUUCAAGGGAAUCAUGGCACACAGCGCCAACUAUGAUCCUGGAUUGGACCUGCGGGGCAAACGGGUCGCCGUGAUUGGCAACGGCAGCAGUGGUAUCCAGGUGACUGCUGCGGUGCAGAAAGUGGCCAAGACCAUGUCUGUCUACAUGCGCCAUCCUACCUGGAUUACCGCCAGCCUGGGCUCCAAGUUUGUCCCCGAUGGGAACAACAUCAAGUUCACCGAAGAGCAGAGAGCCCACUGGGCAAAGCAUUCAGACGAAUAUCUGGAAUAUCGCAAAGCUGUCGAGAACGAACUAAACAGCGGGUUCCCGUUCUUUAUCCAGGAGACGAAAGCCCAACAAGACGCCUUGGAUUUCACCGUCAAAGACAUGCGUCAACGGCUCUCGCCGAAACCUGAACUGGCAGAUAAGCUUGUACCGGGUUACCCUAUCGGAUGUCGGAGGCCCACGCCCGGCACCGGUUACUUGGAGGCUCUCUGCGCAGACAACUGCGAGAUCGUCUGGGGCGAGUUGGACAGCUUCACCGAAAAGGGUAUCAGAUCUGCAGACGGUUCUGAACGGGAAUUCGACGUCAUCAUCUGUGCCACGGGCUUCGACAUGUCAUUCACUCCUCGGUGGCCCAUCAUUGGCAAGAACGGCGUCGACCUGCAGAAGAAGUGGAAGGAAGAUCCAGCCUGUUAUCUCUCGGCGAUUGCAAACGACAUGCCCAAUUAUUUCCUAUACCUGGGGCCCGGUAGCCCUGUCGGGCAUGGCAGUCUGCUCCCGUCUAUCGAGCGAGUCACUCUUUACGUCUGCGACCUGAUCAACAAGCUCCAAACGCAGAACUACAGCUCUUUCCUGCUGAAGCCCGGAAAAGCCAAGGCAUGGCAGGCGCACAUGUUCGCAUGGCUGGAGAAAACUGUGUGGGGCUGCGACUGCCAGAGCUCCUUCAAGAACGGGACAGUCAACGGGCCGUUGCAUGCCUUCCACCCGGGCUCGCGGCUGCAUUACUUUGAGUUGUUGAGGCUUCACAGGUAUGAGGAUUUCGAAUGGACGAGUCGUUGUCCAGAGCCCGAGUUGGACUUUGCGUGGCUGGCCAGCGGGUUUAUGAAGGAGGAGUUGCAUCACGAGGGCGAAGAUACAGCGUGGUAUAUGAACCACCCCCACGAGGUCCUCACGUCCUUCGUCCCACCUCGGCUUCAAGGAAUUUCUGCCCAAACAAUCCCAGACCCGACUCAGAAGUAA